UCCACGUCCACACUACAUGAUCGUUUCUUCUCAAGGCCGAUCAUAUUUCUACAAUGUGAUUAACAUUGUGAAUGUGAUAAGACGUGAACAUAACAUUUAAACGGUAUUCCCGCUUUAUUUAAUCGAUUUGUGGUGUAAAAGUAAAAACGUGAAACCUAUUAAUUAGCAUGAUUUUGUUCCGUCCAAUUGUGGUCCUUGUUAAGUCAGGAACUUCCUUUUUACGAAAACCAUCAUCAAAUUAUGUGAUUUUAACCUCUAUGAUUCCAAUCAGGAACAUUUCCUCGAUGGAAAUUACAAAAAAUAUCACUUUACUUUCCGGUGAAAAGAAAACCGGAAAAGUGAUUAAUUUUAAAUUGGAGCCGCAAGAGGAGAAACCUUUAGUGGUCAUGUUAUCAUGGCUCAUGGCUAAAAGAAAACACAUUUACAAAUAUGCCGAUUUUUAUAUUAAGAAAGGUUUUGAUGUUAUGACUGUGACCAUCACUCCUUGGCAAUUGCUUUGGCCCCUUAAAGGAUCACAGCUCAUAGCAGUGGACAUUUUGAAGUUCUUGGACAGUAACAGAUGCUACAGCCCCCUGGUGGUGCACGCUUUUUCCGUCGGAGGCUACCUCUGGGCCGAAGCUUUGGUGCAACUCGAGGCUGAACGAAAUCGUUACCAGCACAUUUCGGACCGUAUUGCAGGGCAAGUUUGGGAUAGUUUAGCGGAUAUUACCGAAAUUCCCGAAGGGUUCCCGUUUGCUGUUUUCCCCAAGAAUAAAGUAUUACAAGCGGCGUUGAAGCAAUACAUAUUGUACCAUUUAAAAACUUUCGAUAAAGUCGCGACAUGUCAUUACGUUCGAGCUAGUCAAAUGUUCCAUACAAAUAUUGUGAGGGCACCCGCUUUAUUCCUCCUUAGCAAAACUGAUCCAAUAGGAUCGGAAAAGUCAAAUUUGAGGGCUCGCGAAAAUUGGGAAAGUAUGGGAAUACAAACAUACUGGAAGUGUUGGGAGAAGUCUCCACACGUGGGCCAUUAUCAUCAUCACCCCGAGGAGUACACGGCGGAGUUAUUGAAGUUUUUUGAAAAUAUUGGUUUGCUAUCGGAAAACCAACAGUCACAAUUAAAAGCGAAACUGUGAAAAGGGGGGAUUAUGGAUUGGUUUUGUCAUUUAUGCAAAUGUAUUCUCAUUUAUCGAUAUUUAUUGCAUUUUGUAAAAGCACGGGUAAAAUAAAUUCUGAGUUCUCA